CGGCGGACCGAACACACGUACCGACGCCAUCUCGAAAACUGAGGAACCAUAGUGCAGUGACGUGAAGUGACGCACAUGCGUGCCAAACCGACCUGAGUGGAUGUUUUGUACGGAUAGUGUUACUAGUGUUGUGUUUCGGAUAUCAGCCGAUGUGACCCUCACGUCAUCGAAGUGACAGGAACAAUGAAGCGGGACACUAGACAAAGGACGAUCGUGCCAAAGAGUUGUUGGUGAAAAUUGCACAAAGUAAUAGUAAAUAUGUUGGUAAAAGCGAGUGUGGGUUAAACAAAAAGGGAAAAAUGGGUAACAAGGGCUUCCCAAGCGAGGUCGCCGGCUUUUUCCUCGCUGUGGCUUUAUGCAUCAUUUGCCCGGAGUACGUAUCAUCAGCUCAAAGGGAGCUGGGCAAAGGAACCCCGACUAACGAAUCGGCGACAGUGGCGCCGGCGGGCCCCGUGGACAACGCGAUCAGGCCCGGGGCCGGGCCCGGCGACCUCCCGCGCCCCACUCCGCGCUCUGGGCCUUACUUCGACCUGUUGGCGUCAAAGAACGUCACAGCUCUCCUGGGGAAGACUGCUUAUUUGAACUGCAGAGUGAAGAAUUUAGGAAAUAAAACUUUAAAUAUGCAAGUGUCAUGGGUGAGACACAGGGAUAUCCAUUUGCUGACUGUUGGCCGGUACACGUACACGAGCGAUCAACGCUUCAGAGCAAUACAUCUGCCACACUCUGAAGAUUGGACCCUUCAGAUAAAAUAUCCUCAACACAGAGACUCUGGGAUCUAUGAGUGUCAGAUUUCUUCAACUCCUCAUAUGAGUCACUUUAUACAUUUAAAUGUCGUUGAACCAACGACGGAAAUCAUCGGUGGUCCCGACCUGUACAUCGACCGGGGUAGUACCAUAAACCUCACAUGUGUGGUCCUAUAUUCGCCGGAACCACCAGCGUACAUAUUUUGGAAUCACAAUGAUGCGAUUAUUAGCUACGAUUCCCCACGGGGAGGAGUAUCCGUGGUGACGGAAAAGGGAGAGACGACAACCUCCUUCCUCCUCAUCCAGCAAGCGAGACCCUCAGACUCUGGCACGUACCAGUGUAACCCGAGCAACGCCCAGUCGAAGAGCGUUGUCGUUCAUGUGCUAAAUGAAGCAAAUUCUAUUUUUCCUUUGUCAGGAGAGUACCCUGCGGCCAUGCAGAGAGGGGGUCAGGCCUUCGCCCCAACUUCACCAGCCCACUGCAUCAUUUUAGCUACUUCUCUCUUCGUCACCCUAUCUUGACAUUUACCUACAAUUAAUAACCUGUAAAUAAAGGAGUUUUGAAUCAUUCGGCUGUUUUUAAUAAUACUUUUAUUUAUUAUAUAACUUGGUGUAAAAUAAAUGUUAUUAUUAUUAGAAUCAGCUGAAAUACUCGCUAUUUCAUAGUGUGGGUUGUGUUAUGUAAAAUAUAAAUUUAAAUCCCUGUAGCUACAAUGCUUAUAUCGUAUAGAACUGUAUAUAGUGUACUAUAAAAUGUUUAUGAAUAUUGAUUUUCGUGGAUUUUUAACGUUAGCAAGUCACUGUUGAUUUCCCUAGCUCCAAUAUUGUUUCAUAAAUUAAAUUUGUGAGAAAUUAUUUGUAGGGAAUUCUUAAUUAAAUUGAAUCCCAUUUUAAAGUAAAAAAAGAUGUGUUUAAAAUAGAUGCAUUUUUCAUUGGAAAAAAUAAUUCGGAUUAGACCUAGAUAUAUGAUAUCAAAAUUGGGAAAAAUGUCGAUCCGAUGAGAGAAAUCUAUGUACACAGGAAUGUAUAAACAGCUGACAAUACUACGUUAAAACACAAAUGUUUAGAAAUUACAAGGACUGUACAUAAUAUUAAAGUAAAGAUAUACGAAUCAUUCUAUCUAGCUUUACUGUAUCUAUAUAAUAAGAAAUGUAAAUUGUAUCUAAGUUUUUAGUAAAUAAAUGGAUUUAAAUAAUGAUGUAAAUAUACUUGUGGACAAAUCUAUCAGGUUUAUCUGGAAUAAAUUGAAUGAAUUGGAGGUUUAAUAGAUUGAAGUGAAAAGAUUGAGAAAAUGAGUGAACCUGAGGAUGUUGUUCUCCCUGUAAUUAAAAUAUUUAAUACAGACUAGAAUAAUGUUUUGAGAAUAAUAUUAGAUAACAAGAUAUUUUACAGAUUAGUUAGAAGAGUUCUGAUUUUAAAAUAACCGUUGGUUGUACGUAAACGUUCUUCCCGUUAUAUCUUUCCAAUUUAAAAGUUAAAAUGUUUCUAUUCUCAUAUGAUUGCUUGACAUUUUGUACUUCGACAUUUUUGGGCCAGAAAACCCAAUGGACAUUUCAGUAAAGUCAUAUUUCAAAUUUUAAAUUACACCAUCAUUCUCAUAGUUAUUUAUAAACUACUAGCAUUUCGAAACGACUAUUGAUGCGAAAACGUAUUGAAAAUAACAUUUGUAAAUACAAUAUACUGACAAAUAUUGUGAAUGGCUGACAAAUGUCGAAAUACAAAUUUAUCUUUUCAAUUAUUUACUUUUCUUGAUAAUUAUUGUCUUCUAUUCCACCUCAACCGCUCGAUUCAUAAGUAUUAAGCUCUUCGACUAAAAUUUGUGUACAUUUAUUUUUGUACUAAAAUAUAUUUAUUGAACAUCGUAGAUACCCCGUCCCUGAUCGUUUUAAAGCAAGGAUCCCAUCAACAAAUUGGGAUUGGAUUAAUGUGCUUUUCAGACAGAUGCUGUCAAUAAAAAAAGAUUUAUAUUUCUGUUUCAAUAUAAAAUUGUACAUACGCUGUCCAAAAUUCUGCUACUAUUUCAAUGUAAAUUAAAUAAAAAAUAUGAAACGAAUAUUUCAUUGAGGUGUUUUCUUGGAUUAGGAUAUUGACAGAUCAUGAUUAAUAUAACCAGUUAUUAUUAUGUCAAAAGUUUAUAAUUGUAUACAAGUAACAAUAGUAUAAAACUUGUUGUAUGUAUUAUGAUACCUGGUGCGGUGCGUCGCACAGUAUACAUUACAUGUGUAAUAACAUAAUAAAGAAAACA